GUGAAGUGACUAUACCCAAGGAGGAAUGCUCUGGACAAAGAACAUAUCCUCUGGCCAUUAAAAACCAACAAUUCUAAGUCGCAGUUCCUUGAUGGAUGAUAAACGAACUCCAGCUCUUCUUUUGGAUUUUUGUUAAAAAUAAUUGUAUUUACUUCUGAGAUCUUAAGUUGUGGUACAAACAGUUAAUAAUCUUCUGUAAUCGGAGACAAUUGUAUUAUGUCACUUACCAAGUCAGCAAACUGUAUUUCUGAAUUAAAUAGUUUUUACCAGUUUGGAAAUUUAAUUUAUACAAUCAAACCCAACUGAUUCUGUUGAUUCUAAAAAAAGACUGCAAUGCUCCAAGUAGUCAUCAUUGUUAACAAUUCCCACUUUGGGCCAAGACUCUUAAAAGCUAUCUUUCUUAGAUCCUGUGUUCUUAUCGACGUCAAUCCAAGGAACUAUAUAAGCGUGCCUAGCUUUCUCCGUUCAGGCAAUAGGCUUAGUUUGGGUCAGUGCUUCUUUCUCAAUAUAGCGCCAACCGACUUAACAGCCACUCGGCUUCUCAUUCGCCAACGCAAGGGAGAGGCACGGAGCAAACUGCUGAGGAGACACAGGUUUUGCAAGCGAUGCCUGUACUCUGGACGCAGCGCCAAGCCUUUCCAAUCAGCACCCAGUAUCGUAUUCCUCCUCGGGCAUUCUCUUUAGGUAGAAAACUAAGGGCCAGCAAAUUAAACCUAUUAAUAAAUACUAUUUAUAAUCUACACUUCCGGACAGUACUUCAUUCAUGCUUUACCUGUGAGGUAAUUACUAUUUAUUUUCCCAAAGGAGGAAACGCUCUUGAGCUACAAGGCCCAAAAGCCACAAGACUGAAAAAACUGGAAUCUGUCAGCACUCUGGAUCUCAAGCUUCAGGGAAGAUCGCGAUCCGGCGGUCCACGGUUCACAGUCACAGCCAACGCUUCCCCAGCUUGGAGCUUCUCCCAGAUAACUCAUCUGCCUCAUAUUCCCGGGCAGUGAUUACUUUCCUACCGGGGGCGUCCGAGCAGCAACAUUCGCCCGCCUUCCCCAAACCGGGAAAACCACCACGCAGGCGCGGGUCCGGCCUUCUCCCCGCCCCAGAGCGCAGAGUUUACGGGACAGGGCCGCCCAUAUGCCCUCACCGCAAGGGUUAACCAAGAAUCUGAACUAGCCAUCGCUUGGCUGACUCAGUCUUCCAACGCCCACCCCAGCUCUGUCACCACCGGAGCUCCAAACCGCCAGCUUGCCUACGGAUUCGCUCACAGGCCGCUCUAGCUGGCAAUCUCGUUGCUCUCGGCUUGACGUCAUCAGCGGGCGCCGCAGAGCGGUGGCGGGCACGCGCAGCCGAGAAGAUGUCUCCGACGCCGCCACUCUUCAGUUUGCCCGAAGCGCGAACGCGGUUUACGAAAUCUACCAGAGAGGCCUUGAACAACAAAAAUAUUAAGCCAUUGUUGUGUACCUUUAGCCAGUUACCUGGCAGUGAAAAUGAAAAAAAAUGUACCCUGGACCAAGCUUUCAGAGGUGUUCUAGAAGAAGAAAUUAUAAAUCAUUCAACAUGUGAAAAUGUUUUAGCUAUUAUUUCUCUUGCUAUUGGGGGAGUAACUGAAGGUAUUUGUACUGCAUCUACACCUUUUGUAUUGUUGGGAGAUGUUUUGGAUUGUCUUCCUUUGGAUCAAUGUGACACAAUAUUCACUUUUGUGGAAAAAAAUGUUGCUACUUGGAAAUCAAAUACGUUCUAUUCCGCUGGGAAAAAUUAUUUACUACGUAUGUGCAAUGAUCUCCUAAGAAGAUUAUCAAAAUCCCAGAAUACAGUUUUCUGUGGACGAAUUCAGCUCUUUUUGGCUAGACUUUUCCCUCUAUCUGAGAAAUCAGGUCUUAACUUGCAGAGUCAAUUUAACCUGGAAAAUGUCACUGUUUUCAAUACCAAUGAGCAGGAAAGCACCCUGGGCCAGAAGCACACUGAGGAUAGAGAAGAAGGAAUGGAUGUAGAAGAAGGUGAAAUGGGAGAUGACGAAGCACCAACAACUUGCUCCAUUCCAAUUGAUUAUAACCUGUAUCGAAAAUUCUGGUCACUUCAAGAUUACUUCAGGAACCCUGUGCAAUGCUAUGAGAAGAUUUCAUGGAAGACUUUUCUCAAAUAUUCAGAAGAAGUUUUAGCUGUUUUUAAGAGUUAUAAAUUAGACGAUACUCAGGCCUCAAGGAAGAAGAUGGAAGAGUUGAAAACAGGAGGGGAACAUGUGUAUUUUGCAAAAUUUUUGACAAGUGAAAAGUUGAUGGACUUGCAACUGAGUGACAGUAACUUUCGUCGACACAUCUUGUUGCAGUAUCUCAUCUUAUUCCAGUAUCUCAAGGGACAGGUCAAAUUCAAAAGUUCAAACUAUGUUUUAACUGAUGAACAAUCACUCUGGAUUGAAGAUACUACAAAAUCAGUCUAUCAACUACUAUCUGAAAACCCUCCCGAUGGAGAAAGAUUUUCAAAGAUGGUAGAGCAUAUAUUAAACACUGAAGAAAACUGGAAUUCAUGGAAAAAUGAAGGCUGUCCAAGUUUUGUAAAAGAAAGUGUGUGUUUUCCCCACAGAGCAUCAGAUACCAAGCCUGCAAGAGUAGUACGGAAGAGAACAGCACCAGAAGAUUUCCUAGGGAAAGGACCCAACAAAAAAAUUCUGAUGGGGAAUGAGGAGUUAACAAGACUUUGGAAUCUCUGUCCUGAUAAUAUGGAAGCUUGUAAAUCAGAGACACGGGAGUACAUGCCAACAUUGGAGGAGUUCUUUGAAGAAGCCAUUGAACAGGCAGACCCAGAAAACAUGGUUGAAAAUGAAUAUAAGGCUGUGAACAAUUCAAAUUAUGGUUGGAGAGCUCUGAGACUAUUAGCACGAAGAAGCCCUCAUUUCUUCCAGCCAACCAACCAACAGUUUAAAAGCUUGCCAGAGUAUCUUGAAAACAUGGUAAUAAAGCUAGCCAAGGAAUUACCACCUCCUUCUGAAGAAAUAAAAACAGGUGAGGAUGAAGAUGAGGAAGAUAAUGAUGCUUUACUGAAGGAAAAUGAAAGUCCUGACGUUCGGAGAGACAAACCUGUAACAGGGGAACAAAUAGAGGUAUUUGCCAACAAGCUGGGUGAACAGUGGAAGAUUCUGGCUCCCUACUUGGAAAUGAAGGACUCCGAAAUUAGGCAGAUUGAGUGCGACAGUGAAGACGUGAAGAUGAGAGCAAAGCAGCUCCUGGUGGCCUGGCAAGAUCAGGAGGGAGCACAUGCUACGCCCGAGACUCUGAUCAGUGCGCUGAAUAAGUCUGGAUUAAGUGACCUUGCAGAAAGUCUAACUAAUGACAAUGAGACAAGUAGUUAGUU